AUUGUCGAAUAAAGCAGUUGAGUUUUUGGUAGUGUGACGGUGAAGAAAAUUUCCUAAAACUUGAACAAUACUGUACACCGUUUUGUAAGAAAGCCUGAAGAGAAUAGGACGCAUAUUUUCUGUGAUCGAAGCUUGUCGAAGCCUGUUCGAGCAUAAUCACAAUUCACAUUGAUUUUAAUGCAACAGAGCGAUUCACUUCAUUCUUCAGCUGAUUGUCGAAUAAAGCAGUUGAGUUUUUGGUAGUGUGACGGUGAAGAAAAUUUCCUAAAACUUGAACAAUACUGUACACCGUUUUGUAAGAAAGCCUGAAGAGAAUAGGACGCAUAUUUUCUGUGAUCGAAGCUUGUCGAAGCCUGUUCGAGCAUAAUCACAACUGAUUGUCGAAUAAAGCAGUUGAGUUUUUGGUAGUGUGACGGUGAAGAAAAUUUCCUAAAACUUGAACAAUACUGUACACCGUUUUGUAAGAAAGCCUGAAGAGAAUAGGACGCAUAUUUUCUGUGAUCGAAGCUUGUCGAAGCCUGUUCGAGCAUAAUCACAACUGAUUGUCGAAUAAAGCAGUUGAGUUUUUGGUAGUGUGACGGUGAAGAAAAUUUCCUAAAACUUGAACAAUACUGUACACCGUUUUGUAAGAAAGCCUGAAGAGAAUAGGACGCAUAUUUUCUGUGAUCGAAGCUUGUCGAAGCCUGUUCGAGCAUAAUCACAAUGACUGCCCGGUUUGAAACCAUGGAGGAGCGGAUUGGGUCGUUGGAGCGGGAGGUUAAACUAAGUAACCUUAAGCUAUCCCGAAUAGAAGAAAAAUUGGACGAGCUAUUGUCGAUGUUGAUCGAGCAAAAAGUAGCUGCUCGACAACCCGAUGCGGAACGGCAUUCGGCAAAUGAAGAUACACAGGUACAGGAGCAGGUGCCGCAGCCGAGCAGCAAAGAGACCAAUGCGAUAGAGGAAACGGAAAAGGAUAAGGAUGACGAGCAGGAACAUCAUGAGCAUGAGGCAGUGCCAGAAAUCCCGGUUCUGCCAGUAAGAACCGUGCAUGCAUUUUUAACAUUGGACCGUAACUGUGCCAGAAAUGAAGCGUUUUUACAGCAAAUGGCGGAAGAAUUACAACAGAAUGUGGUCGCAUCGCAAAAGAGAGCCCGGAACGUCAGACGAGUGAUGGAGACGCUCGUCACGUACGACGUUCUAUGCCAAUUUACUUGGUCUGGAAGAAAAGCCACCACUAACUCCUCUUCACCUAGCCUCUUCCCCAAGUACAGUUUUGAAGACCAGUCUGGCAUUAUCGCUCUGCUAGUCAAAGCCCUCAGUUAUGGGCUUAAUGCAGAGCAGACGAAGCAGGAGAAAUCAUCCAUUGUCAAAAGUGUUUGCAAUGCCGUGAAACAUUCAUCGCAAAACAAGAAGCGAUUCUGCCAGAAACGAAAAGAAUGAAAGCUCCUGUAGGGGGGUGGACGUCGUACGUGACGAGCGUCUCCAUCACUCGGCUCACGUUCCGGGCUCUCGUUUGCGAUGCGACCACCUCCUGUUGUAAUUCUUGACGCUGCCUCAUGCUCAUGAUGUUCCUGCUCGUCAUCCUGAUCCUCUUCCGUUUCCUCUAUCGCGUUGUGCUCUUCGCUGCUCGGCUGCGGCACAUGCUCCUGAACCUCAUCUUCAUUCGCCGAAUGCCGUUCCGCAUCGGGUUGUCGAGCAGCGACUGUUUGUUCGAUUAACAUCGACAAUAGCCGUGUCUGCUCGUCCUAUGUUUGCUCCAUUCUGGAUAGCCGCGGGUGAGACAAUCUGCUCGCCCGAUAGCCCUAUUGCAACCUUGCACCUCGGUACACACUUAGCACCGUAUACCAGCAUACGCGCACCGUAAUAAACAAAUCCAGAAUCCUCUUUUGUAUGCAUUCAAUUCAAGUUUUGUUUCCAGUUGCG